AUGACACGCACGCACGUGUCUUCAUACGAGGGAAGCCUCCUGGGCAUGGGCGCCUACGGCACGGCCUUCAGGAUACGCUACGAGGGCAGAGACGCCGUGGUCAAGAUGGCCAGGUCAAGGAAGUACGCCCCGCUGUUCUGGGAGGAGGUGCAGAUCUUGGUGGAUCUGAAGGGCCUCGGGGGGGCGCCCCGACUCCUGACCAAAUGCUGUGACUAUCCGGGAUUCGUGAUGGAAUUCUGCGCCGGGAAAACCCUCACGGCCAUGAUCAAGGACGCGGCCCCCGUCGGCACCCUCCUGCGGGGGAUCCACGACCUGGCGCUGAAGGUCCAGGAGAUCCACCAGGCGGGCUACGCCCACAACGACCUCAAGCCGGACAACGUUAUCCUGGAGACAAGCGGCGACGGCGCCGUCCGGGCGCGAUUGAUUGACCUCGGCCUCUGCACGCGCCUCGGCGUGAGCCCCGGCUUCUAGGGGGAGCCCAAGGCCCACAGCCACGUGGCGCCCGAGCUCCUCCAGAUGGGCAUAGCCACCGUCGAGUCGGAUACCUUCUCCCUCGGCGUUAUCCUGUGCGUGGUCCUGAGGACGUACGUCAGCUCCCUCCCCGACGACUUCGAGCUGCUGCACCUGGCGCGGGUCAUGGUCUGCCCCGACCCGCACUGGCGGCCGCGCUUCCGCUUGUGCCUCGACGUCCUGGCCGACGCCCCGCGGCGGGAGUGA